UUUAUACUUACUUGGCUCCUCAAUUAAUCUUAACAUUUUUUUAAUAUGUUCCGUUCUGUUUUAUUAUCCUCUUAUUUUCUGCUUCUUCUCUCUGCUGCGUCUGAUUCGGAAUAUGAAAAAGAAUGUGUAAUAGGAAAAAACACUUUGUGUGGAUAUCUUGGGGAAAUCUCCCUCCCCUUCACAACCGUUAACAACAAAGAAUGUGGCCUUUACAUAAGUGGUUGUGACAACAAUAACCCUUUCGAGAAAAAAAUCCAUCUCAGAAACCAAAUCUACAUAAUUGAUAACAUCAAUUAUAAGAAAAAUUCAGUUAUCAUGUAUGGCCACCACCACAGUUCCUCUGAAUUAUCUGGUUUAGAAUUAAUGAAAACGCCAGCAGCAUUCAGCUUUAACACAGUCAAUUUCAUUGUAUGCGGUCAUGGCUAUGAUAAUAGCCAUGAAAAAAUGUCCAAAUAUAGAAACUGUCCUGAUUAUGAUAUCUACUUUACUUCUAAACCUGAUGAUCUCAUUUUCCCUAUUUUUCCAUUACCAUGUUCUCCAUACAUUCCCCUAUAUAACGAUUGUGUGGAAUUAAUUUCGUUACUCGAAAUUAAAGUGGAUUUAGAGUCUUGUGAUUGUUAUAGUAAAGGAAAGUCAUGUCUUCUAGACCAAGAUACUUUAAAUUUCAAAUGUGGCCAUGAUCUCUGGUAUGGAGCUCCGGUACUUCAGAGUGAAGACCAUUCUGAUAUUCAUCCAAAGCGAAAUGAACGGCAUUUGAAGGUUGCGGUAAUAGGUUUAUCUAUUGGAUUGGCAACCGUGAUUGCAAUUGCCUUGUUUGUUAUAAUUUGGCUUUUCUACUUUCGGAGAAUCAAAUCUUCAGGUGUCAAAAACCAAUCAAGAGCCAAUUAUGGCGGUCUUUCAAGAAAUACAACAAUCCCAGAAAGUGGAGCUGUCUACUUUGGGAUUACUGUCUUCUUCUAUAAGGAGCUCCAAGAGGCAACAAACAAUUUUAAUAAAGCCAGAGAGCUUGGAGAAGGAGGCUUUGGGACUGUUUACUACGGAAAGCUUGGAGAUGGACGUGAAGUUGCAGUGAAGCGCCUAUUCGAGCGCAGCUACAGACCAGUAGAAUCAUUCACAAACGAAAUUCAGAUCCUCACACGCAUGCGCCACAGAAAUCUUGUAUCCCUUUAUGGCUGCACUUCACGCCACAGUCGUGAAUUGCUGUUAGUGUAUGAAUACAUCCCAAACGGCACCGUCAAUAGCCAUCUCCACGACAAAAAAGAAAAUCAAAACUCAUCUUUACCCUGGGAUAUGAGAAUGAAAAUAGCCAUAGAAACUGCCGGUGCAUUAACUUAUCUCCAUGCUAAUGAUGUCAUUCACCGAGACGUGAAAACCAGCAACAUUCUACUUGACAACAGUUUUUGUGUUAAGGUUGCUGAUUUUGGUCUUUCGAGACUAUACCCUAAUGAUGUCACUCACGUCUCUACAGCGCCGAGAGGAACACCGGGCUAUGUUGAUCCAGAAUAUCGGUUGUGUUACCAGCUAACAAGCAAGAGUGAUGUAUAUAGCUUUGGUGUAGUUCUUGUUGAGCUAAUAUCAUCUUUGCCUGCAGUUGAUUUCUCGAGGGAUAGAGAUGACAUUAAGUUGGCAAAUCUAGCAAAAAGAAAAAUUCAGAAAAGGGAAUUUUCUGAGUUGAUUGAUCCUUCUCUUCGUUUUCAGACAGAUGAGAGUUUAAAAAAUGUGAUAAGUUCUGUUGCGGAAUUGGCCUUCCAGUGUUUGCAAGAUGAGAAGGAAUUGAGACCCUCUAUGAGUGAAGCAUUGGAGGUGCUGCAGAAAAUUGAAAGUUGCAAGGGUGAGGCAGAGAAUCACGAGGGGAUUGAUUUUCAUCAUGGAGUAGAAGUAGCACAAAGUUAUGCACAUCCAUCACUUCCAAACACUUGGAUGAAGCCACAGCGCCAUCAACAAACAUUUUGACAAAAAGGGUAUUGAGAUUGAUGCAUCAAAUAGCCAGUUAGUCUUUGAAUUCUAGCAUUUGUACUUGUUUGUGCUCGUUCAGAUAUUUAGUGUUGCUACUGUAUAUAGUUCUAAUUAUAUAAAACAGCAACUCUAAAUAUUCAAUAAAUUUAGAUUGUAGUAUAAAAAGUCUAGAUUUAGUGUUGACAUUUUGUGUUGGUUAUUAGACUUCAAAUAUUUUAAGGAUAGAUGUAAACAUGUUAUUACCUAUCCAAAUUACUUAUUCAAAUCAAAUACAAAGCUGAAGCAUUAUUGGAUUGAGAA